CUAGGCAUAUUUCGGAUGUGGCAGAAUAUUUUGCUGAAUAAGCCACUAACCAGAGAAGAACUGUGGCAGAUGGUCAAACAGCACUAUGGGAAUGACUUGGGUUUGAGUCUCGAUGAGAUGGAAAGCGUACAGAUAUCAGCAAACGCCAGUACACCCACCCAGCCCAGCCCAAUUAUGAAAUCUGAGGACCAGCCCGGCAGGCUCGAGAGGCCUACUACGCUCCGGCUCCAGCAGGGGGAGCAAGCCUCUUAUGAGGCCUCCACACCGCUGGGGGAUGAUACGCAGUCCUCUCUCGGACAGCACAGCACACUCUCACCUAGCGCGGAUGACAGCCGCAGCACUCCUCUUCGCCAGCAGAGUCCAGUUCCUUCUCUGAACCGCCACAGCUCUGAGAGGUCGUCCAAACGCUCUAACCUAGACCUCAAUGCUAAUGAAGACCGCCUGUCCGAACAGAGUGGUUCAGAGAGUAUAGAGGAGCCUGAAGAAACUGUGGAGGAGAGUGAGAGCCAGGGGAAGGUGCAUGGCCGGCUCUUUGUGAACCGGGUGUUUCACAUCAGUGCUGAAAAGAUGUUUGAUCUACUCUUCACCGACUCCCAUUUCACCCAGAGGUUCAUGGACUUCCAGAAAAUCACAGGGGCAUCCUCCACUCCCUGGCAGAGAGAGGCCACAGGGUGCAUGAAGAGGACUCUAAACUACACCGUCACCAUCACCAACCCACUGGUGGGGAAGUUCUCCACUGCCACAGAGUACCAGACUUUAUACAAGGAGGCUCGGGAGGGCCAGUACCGCAUGGUGGAUGCUGAGGUCUACACACACGACGUGCCUUACCACGACUACUUCUACACCAAGAACCGCUACUGCAUCAUCCCCACCUCCAAGAGGAAAUGCCGACUUAGGGUGUACACAGACGUGAAGUACAAGAAGCAGCCGUGGGGUCCGGUGAAGUCUUUUAUCACCAAGAACUCCUGGAGCGGCGUGCAAGAGUACUUCAGGCGCCUGGAGGCCGAGCUUAUUGAGGAGGAAGCGGAGCUGACCCAGGGCUCCGGGGAUGCUGGGAAGAUUGCAGCCCUGCGGAGGAGGAGGAGGACCUACAGCCGCACCUUUCAGGAACACAUGAAGACUGGGAAGCAGUACAGCGCCGACACCGAGCAGAACAGAGACGGCAAUAUUGGUCCUGUGGACAUAAAGGGCCCACACAGUUGGAACAUCAACACCAUUGUGGCUGUGAUGAGUUUCAUUCUUCUGAUCCUGACGGUGCUGAACCUGGGUCUGUUCUACAAGCUGUGGGCCAUGGAGGACGUGGCUCAUCGCAUGUUCCUGAGCACUAAGAAUCGGCUCCGGGAGAGGGCAGAGUUCAGGGUUAGUCCAGAUCUUGGCCCCAGGCAAAGCAGUCCACACUGGAGCACUGAGGAUAUGCAUUUACUCCGAGUGGUUCUACAAGACUCCAUCAACCUGUUAGAGCAGCUUCGGAAUUCUUUGGUGGCCCUACAGCAUAACUUCCAUGCCAACAACAGAACCACAACUCAGCUAUGACCCGUUCUGUGUACAACGUGCCUGUGUGGCAAGUGAGGGGGGCUAAGUGGAGUUACUCUCAGGAUUCGUCUCACACCAUUCACAAACCCUGGAAGCGUUACCAUGGAGAUGUCACCCUUGAGAUGGCUGGUUACUAUGGGUAUCGUCUCUCUGGGUGUUUUUUUUUUCUUGUUGAGGUAUCAGGUGGCUGUGUGUUUCCAUAGUCAGUGUCUAUCCCCAGGAGUGCUGACUGAGUGGAUUACGGUGGGGAAACAGGAAGUUUAGUUUAGUCAAUUCAUUAUUUUCUUGUCCUCAGUUGGGCCAUUAUUCAUGUGAUUCACAGCUUUGUAACAUUUUGCUUUGAUCUCCUUAGAUUCACUAAUGAGUUCUUCAUUUGAUUCUGUCCUAAAAAGGCAUUAUUUCUCAUUAUCUUGAUAUCUCUGUCAGCUGUGCAUGUGUUCUCAACAUAUAAACUGAUUUAUUUUUUUCUGUUAAAAACUUGUUUACAAGCUGACAGAGUAUUGCAUCAUUGCUCCUUUUGGUGAGCAUGCAGAUAUCUUGAUUAUUUCACUUUGAGAACUUAGGAGAUAACUAACAAUGAGGACAUCUUUGAUACUGCCAUAUGACCUUUGUAGCUUAACUUUUUUGCACAUCUUCAUAUAUUUUUAUUAAUUUUUUCAAUUUUUAUAUAUUUUAUCUGUCAUGUCUCACUAGAUGUUAAUAUAUUUAAAUAUGUAAUUCCAUUAAUUUUAUUUUAUCUUAAAUGGGUUAUGUGUGGUAUAACUACUACGGUGUUGAUGCACUACGUCAACAUAUUGUUUCCAGAACCUACAUUUUCUCAGGGCUUACUCUCAACAUAUGUAAAACAUAAAUUCAGGUUUUGAAUAAAAUGUUUUUUUUUUAUUAUUUUUUAUAUUAAGCAAUUAAAUGUAUGUACGGUCCAUACAAGAAUAUAGUUUUCAUACAUAAUAGUUUUUAUUACCUAUGGUCAUGCAAAUGCAAAAACCAUCACAUAGAUCACCAUGGUUAAAGGUAGUCAUAGGCUAUUACAAAACACUGUUGUCACUUUUUACAAACUUGAAGUCAGAAAUUGUUGCCUUGUCACUAAUUUAUUCCAUUUGGAGAAGAUCCACUGACCAGUCAGGGUUGUCCUCUGAAUUUAGGCUUGUUUAGUUUUCCUGUACGGCAGUGUUUAGGUACACGUGGUAGGUUAACUACAUGAUUGAGGGGUAAAGCACAGGGGUGCUGGGUUUUUACAUGUUGGAUGGUUGGGUCCAGAUUAGAGCCACAGAUUGGUGUUCACAUGAGGUUUUUGCUUUUGAAUGAAUUGGGUUAUUAAAGGCAAUUAAAACAUGGUGGUAAUAUAA